AUGCAAAUAUCUGAUAGUUUAACUAACGUAAAAUGUGCAAUUCACAAAAAUACACCUUUAAUUGCUAUUUCUUUACAUGAGCAAAGAGAAAAUUUAAGAGUUUUGUGUAGUAAAUGUAUAAAAUAGUAUAAUUUUGAAUAUAAAGAUAUCAUUUUCAUAGAUGAUGUAAUUGAUUCAGAUGAAAAUACUUUUUUUGAAAAUUUGCCAAUUCAAACAUAAAAUUAAAAUCUAAUUAAAGAAAUAUAGCAAUAUUUUGAUAGUAUUGAUGAAGAUGCUAGCUUCUAAUCACCCCUCUUAACUAUACAAAUAUUUUAUGAAUAAUUUAUUAAAAUAAUGAGUGAAACUUUAAAUAAGAGUAUGAAAAAAAUUCUUUCUAAUGUAGAUAAUAUUUUCUUAACAAAAGAAAAAUUUUUAGAAGUAUAUAACUCUAUUAUUUAAAAGUAGAAAUUAUAAGAAUAUGCCUCUUCCAUAAAAAAGUAAGAUCCCUAAUCAUUCCAAAAUUUAAAUAAUCUAAUAUAGAAAAUGCAAUAAAAUAAAGAAGCAAAUAGCACCUUGUUAAUCAAUACCUUUAACUAAUUUUAAAAAACUUAAGAAAAACUUUAAAUGAAAAUGGCUAAUUAUUAUAUGGAGCAAGCAUUAUAAUAAGUUGAAAAUAUAGAAGAAUACUUUUUUAAUUAAAAUAGCACAUAUUUAAAUGAAAUAUUAUCAGAUGAUAAAGAACCUUUUAAUAUAAAGAGUUAGACAGUAGAAUAAAUAACUAAAUUAAUCAAUAACAAAACAAAUUUUUGCAAUGAAAAAUUUAUUAAUGAAAUAAAUAAUUUUCUCAACUAAAUAUCUUCUGGUUUAAGUAAAAUUUCAACAGAUUAAAUGUUUAUGCAGAAUAAGUUUCCUUUGGAAUUCAAUGAUUUAGAAUAGACAUAAUUUGAUCUAGUUGAAGACUAAAUAAAUUGCCUUACUAAAAUUAAUAAUAGCUUGAGAAUUGCAAAGUGUCCAAUUGAUUUUUAAAAUAUUGACUAUCUUUAAGAUUAAAUGAUCAAAAAGCAAAAUGAUUUACUUAAGUUAAAUAAAAAUUUAAUUCAUGAAGUUUAAAUUAAUAUUUUUGGGUAAAUAGAUAAAACUUUUUCUUGUAGUUUCAUAAAAUCUAAAUAAGACUGUUACUCAAUUACAAACCAAAUAAUAAGGAGAGAUAGUACAAAUAGGAUUGAGAUUAAAUAGAUAAAACCUGGAUGGUAAGUUUAAUCUUACCUUGAAGAGGCUAUCGAUCCAUUUAAGAAAUAUUUACUUAGGUUAUAAUUUGAUCCCUUUUAAACUCAUCAAGAAAAUUAUAGGUUUUACAUAGGAAUUAUUGAAGAAAGAUUUUGUGAUUCUAAAUGGCUAGAUUCAUCUCCUUUCCUGUUUUCUAACAACCCAAUAUCUGAAUUCAGCUUUAACAAAGUAAAAAAAGGAUUGAAUAUUAAUCAUAGCGAUAUAAGAUAUAAUCGAAAUAUGAGAUUUUUAGAAUUUCAAAUGUGUCUAGCUGAUAAGCAUUUAGUAAUAGCUGAUUAUCCUGAAUGCUAAAAUAUCACAGAAGCUGAGAUUGAAAAAUUUGAUCGUUUUCCUCUUGAAGAGUCAUAUAGGCUAAUAAUUGAAAGUGAGUCUAUUUAAAAAAUCAGAAUUCAUCACUUCUCAGAGGUGAAAUAAUUUGUCUGA